AUGCCGGCCAACAAGGCCUCCGCCGCGACCUUCGCUGGCGCCUGCAGCGUCUCGAGCCAGGGCAAGGCCCUUGACUACCUGGAGUGGAAGCAGACCACCCCAAUUAUCUACGGCGGCAUGAACGCUCUCCGCCUGCCGGCCUUGUUGGAGAGCCUGGCGGGCCUGGCCCGCUCCGACGUGAUCUUGACCGGCGGUGGCUCCUUCGGCCGCAAGGAUGCAGCCAAGUCGGGUGCCACUUCCUGCCACCAGGCUGAGGAGAGGUCCGGCAACGUCAGCCUGAGCGAUCGUGAUUUUGAGUUCGGCAAGAGCCACGAGGAGAUCAACGGUGUCAUCCAGAAGGAUGCCGACCAGCUCUACCUGGGCAAGUGCGGCCACACCGACGAGUCCUUGCUGCAGGCGGCCAGCUUCGACUGGGACAAGGCCGCAGCAGAAGCGUGCCAGUGCCAGCUUCAUGUUUUAUAG